UAAAAAAAACAAAAAAGACAAAAUCGAAAUAGAACAUUAUCGAUUUUCGUUUCCUCUCCUUUCCUUGGCUUCGCAAAAAGUUAACUCAGAAUUUUCUCAGCGAUUUCCUCGAAUUCGCGGUUUUUCUCGGAAGAAUCCGAUCGAUCUCCGGCGAUGGCGCGGACGGAGGUGGUGGCGCCGUCAGCGGUGGCGGCGUACGUCCUCAAGGACUCCUCGAGUUGGUGGGAUCAAAUCGACGAGUCCCCCCUUUGGCAGAAUCGAAUAUUUCACGUCCUCGCUGUUCUCUACGGCAUCGUCGCCGCUGUUGCUGUGGUACAAUUGGUUCGGAUACAAUUGAGAGUACCUGAGUAUGGUUGGACGACUCAGAAGGUCUUCCAUUUUCUCAAUUUCGUGGUUAAUGGGGUUCGAUCGAUAGUCUUUAUUUUCCGUCGGGACGUUCAGAAGUUGCAACCAGAGAUUCUCCAACAUAUCUUGCUUGAUAUGCCGAGCCUUGCGUUCUUCACAACAUAUGCACUCUUAGUUUUGUUCUGGGCAGAGAUAUACUACCAGGCACGUGCUGUAUCUACUGAUGGACUCAGGCCGAGUUUCUAUACAAUUAAUGCCGUGGUUUAUGUUGUUCAGAUUGUGUUGUGGCUGAUCAUAUGGUGGAAGCCGAUCCGACUUUUGAUCAUUCUAUCCAAGAUGUUUUUUGCAGGUGUUUCUUUGUUUGCAGCACUAGGGUUUCUUCUCUAUGGAGGAAGGCUCUUCUUAAUGUUGCAGCGAUUCCCUGUAGAAUCAAAAGGGCGACGUAAGAAGCUACAGGAGGUUGGCUACGUGACCACCAUAUGUUUUUCAUGUUUCCUUGUUAGAUGCAUUAUGAUGUGCUUUAAUGCAUUUGAUAAAGCUGCAGACCUGGAUGUUUUAAAUCAUCCUGUCCUAAACUUUAUAUAUUAUUUGUUGGUGGAGAUACUGCCUUCUUCUCUGGUCCUUUUCAUUUUGAGGAAGCUUCCCCCAAAGCGUGGGAUCACACAAUAUCACCCUAUUCGCUGACAGGUUCAGUGGUGAUAUGCACGAUCCAAACAAACCUCUAGACCGGAAAUAGUAGAAUUGAGCUGGUUUUGUAAGCUUUUUAGCUCCUCCCCUUCAAAGAUGUUGGAGAUCCCACAAAAGGGAAGAAGCUGAGAAAAUUGAUUGUUCCGUGUAUCAGGUCAUGGCUAAUCUCAAGGAUAUUCUACUAUGUCAGUUUGUUCUCUCACUAUCAGAUUCUAGAUUUGUAAAAAUAAUUGCUAAAUAUGUUCUUCUGACUUUUUUUAUUCGUUUUUUGGGUGUUUUUUUAUUUUCUUUGCACAUCAUAGGAGUGCUUGUGACUUGCAGUAUACUGAUGAUUUCUGUGUUGCAUGUUUUGGAUCCGUGGUUUCUUUUGUUGGAACUUCAUAUUAAUUUUGACACUUCGACACUUGGUUUAAUUUCCACACUAUGAAAUGAAAUGGAGAGAAUUCUUUUACAA